AUGGAGGAACGCAUCUCUUUGCCAAAUGGACAUUUACUCAACCUGAAGCCCCGGGCUCGAAACCCCAAGCACGUGAAAUCCGGUGCUGAGGAGGAGCCAGCAUGCGAGCGACGCAAAGAACCCGUGGCACGGUACACUGCUUAUAAACCCCUUCCAGAUAAACCCCCGCCGGAGGUCAAGGAUUCCAAGUCCAGCCCCGAGCCAUCAGCGCGGAAGGUUACUCCUACCAGGCUCCCGAUGCCCAAGAAGUUCUCGGACAAAACCAAGGAUGAUUCGCCAGAUCACUCCCCCGUGGCCGAUCGUAAAGAACAUCGACACCAUACGUUAGGCCGGCGAGCUCAGCCCAAGGUCUCCCCUAUAUCAUUAGGGCGUCGACCUGCCAAGUCAACGGAUAAAGAUCGGGAACAGUACUGGCGAAAGGUUAAAGAGAAAUUUGAAAAGGAGUCGCCUACUUCGUCACGGACUCGAGACAAGCACAAGGAGUAUUAUCACGAGGCGUACCAGAAGAUCAAGUCGUUCGCCAGUCCCCCGAAACAAGAUCCCAAACAACACAUGCCGAAGUCUGGUGCAAAGACGAGCGAUGAUGACAAAACACCAAGGCAAAGUGCCAUCCCUAGAACCACCGCUGGAAGCCCUAGAUCCAAAGACGGACACUCUUCUGAGCCAGCUGUAUCUCCCGAAGCGAAGAAAUCGGGAUCUAAGCAACGCCCAUCUAACGUGAUUGAUACCCGCGACACCAUCAAUCGGCAAACUUCGGACAAGCAAAAUAGCACGACCGACUCGUCAAUCAUCUCCCGUCCUUCGAUCUCACCUCUGUCGGGCCCCAGCAGCUCAAUGACCGAUUGGGAGGACCGGUUUGUGGUAAACAUGCCGUCUGCCAAGGAGCCUAAUCCACCCGUCAUGACUGCGCGACAAAUCACCGAAUUUCAGAAAAGUAUCGAUAAAGUUCACAAUCAGGGAGGAACAAUGCUGGAUCCAGACACUCUACCGAGCCCGCGCACUAGAACUCCGGAAGAUUCGUCUGAAGCUACGGAAACGCAGGGAAAACAACCGGGUAACCUUGAUGGUCAAGACUCGGGAACAGCAGCUCGCACAGGGUCAGAGGAAGAUACGUCAGAACCACAGCCCAGCCAUGGUCGAUACUACUCGCCAGAUGAAAUUGGAAAGCAGCGGUUCAGCACCAUCUGGGAAGAAGGAGCAUCGCGACACAAAGCUAAGACUGCGGUCAACAUCGACGGGUCUUUUUUAGGAUGCAAGGAGAUAAAUGGCCCAAACGACAAGAAUCCGGACGAGAUAUUACUUUUCUCGACGACAGACGAGCGUCCGAGGGUUGUGGAUGUGUCAACCCCGGUGUCCAAGAAUUCCAGAGAACGGAACGCAGUCGCUCCUCAAGCGACUGUAGCCUUGGAAGAAAAGACCGUGGUUCAAGAAGAGUGGAAACCAAUUUCUCAGAAUUUGAAGAAUGCCCAAUGCUCGAAGCAGUUCCAACGUACGAUGUGCCGCGAGAUGCCCUGCCGACCGUCGGAAGAGGCCCCGAUGCCUGUCCCCCAAGCAUCAGGAAAAGAAAACUCAACCCAGAUAGGGAUCCCGCCCAAGAACCCGGAGCGAGGGAAACGCCCCCAAGGAGACGACGAUGUGUUCAUUAUCACACCCACUAUCACGCGCACUAUGAUGACCAUGGCGGACAUGAGAGGCGUCGCCCAGAAAUCUUCUCGCACGAAAGAGCCCGCCUCUCGCGCAGCCGGCGAAAUCAUCACCGACAUCAGGGCAAAGCCUCCCACGCACUCUACACCGUCGGGCUUACGUCGGGCGACGCAAAACUCGUGGGAAAAGUCAAACAUGCCAUCCACAGCAUCGUCAAAACCUGGACUCGCUCCCACCGGGCCCCCGGUGAAAGAACAAGAGGAUUUAUCUCAGACCAAAGUGGAGAGGCCGCGCGCUAUCCGUGGGUACAUCCAUAUCACAGGCAUGAAGUCCUCCGCCGGAAACGCCAAUCCUCGCGCGCGCAUUAAGCGGCACUCUCAUGCGUACGAGACGCCGCGUAGUAGCGAAAACGCGCCCCCUGUGAGGAGCGCCACUGAUCCAGCUCAGUUUCCCAAGUCCGUCUCGGCUCAGAAGCCAAUGCCGCCGCCAGAGUUAAACACCAACGUUCACUCAGAACCUCGCUUCCCAUUGCCCAGUGCGCGGAUCUUCGCGGUAGCCGAGUUGGAUGGACAUCAGGUUGAUGAUCAUGCAAAAGAGGAGCAUAAAGACCGGGAUGCAGCUCCUAAAACACCUACUACCACGGAUGAUCUCGGUUUUAACAUGAGCAGCAACAAGUCUCCACAGGAGGACGAUAACGACAAGGACCUUAUGAGUUCCGUAACUUUCGGCCUCAUCAUCGACAUUUUUUUCCUGUCCAUCGCCCAAGCGCAAGACCUCUACAAGGACAUCAUGGCCAACUGGAACUCCCGAGCGGUUCUGGCGAAAAUUGCUCUCAACUGCAUCCUCAACAUGAUCGGCCACUGUCUCUACGUACUCCGAAAUUUUCUCACGGCCUGUUCCGUCUACAACUCCACAGGGUCCUGGCCAAAAUCAAACGACAAAGACAUUGCCCGUUCGCUGACCGAACUCGGCCAAGCUGUCAUCUAUCUCGUCGCCUUGGGUUUCAUAAUGAUGGUCGUCGGUCGAGCGGCCGGGUACAUCGUGCUCAUUGGAAGCUGGAUUGUCUGGGUGACGAAACCCUUUGGAUGGGUUCUGGGAACGUUGGGAAGAGCUCUGCUAACGUGA